CCACGUGUAUAUGUACCCCACACCCUCAACAAUGAUAACGUCCCUUACUGUAACACGAGAUUUUCCAUACUACCACAUUACUAGAAUAAACAAACCCACAUCCACAUGGUCACAACAACUGGCGCAGUGCUAAUGUAUUUCGUGCACUGACGGUUGGUGCAGCAGUCUCCUGUUCUCUGAUCCACUCAAUCACGGCCCAGUCUUCGUUAACCUUUAAGACAUCACCUAUCCAAUAUGGAACCGCCAUCUCAGCACGGGCCCAGCUGUUCACGUGGGACCACCGAAAAGAAAUAAUUGGGAGGGUAGUGUAAGCAAGAGGAAGACUUGCUCACUAGUGACUCAGUAGAUACUUGGAAACUUCAGGGGCACGCAUCUUUCGCCUAUAUACAAACCCCAGAAACCCCUUUUCACAUUUUUUUUUCUUUGCUACUCUGUUGUUACUUUGAUUCUCUCUUUCUCCCACUGAACUGAUCGCUAAAAUAAAAACCCAGCACGAUGUCGUUUGUUGCGCCAGGCUGUCGAUUCUACCCUUCCGAUGAGCAACUCCUAUGCUAUUACCUGACAAGCAAGACCGACGAGGUCGGUGAUGGCAAUAAUGAUAAGAAAAUAAACGGCUAUGAUUUAAUCAAGGAGCUGGACUUGUACGAAUAUGAGCCGUCGAAUUUACCGGAAAAUGCGUGCUAUUCGUAUGGAUAUAAAGGGAGGAGAAGGCACUGGUAUUGUUAUACAAAAAAGUUUAGGGUUUGGAAAGGAGAAGGGAGAAGGAGAAGGAGAAGGAGAAGGAAGGCUAAAGGAGGGUAUUGGAGGAGUAGCGGUAGGGUUAGGGAUGUGGUGGAUCCCGGUGGAAAGGUUGUGAUCGGGACUAGGUCUAAAUUCGUGUUUUAUUCGGGGAAUUCUGUUCAAAGUUCAAUUAGGACUGAUUGGGUGUUGUAUGAGUAUGCCCUAAUGCAUCAUGUUAAGGCCUCGUAUGUCCUUUGCCGAGUAUUUGUGAAAUCUCGUGCUGGAAAUAGUAACUCGGAAAACGUAUUAAGUUGCUGUGCUGAACAAAAUGUAUCUGCUGUACGUCAUAUCGGAAUUCAGCAUGAUGGAUUUCUUACACCUGACAUUGUUGAAGCUAAAGUGCAUCGUGGAAACUCUGUAGAUGCUGAGAAUGAUUUGUCAAAAUAUCCUCUGGGAUUGAGUACCAAGUUAGAUGCUUUUCCCGACUCAAAUAAGCUAGUUAGGACACCUGAACUUCCUGGUGAUGACAUGCUUGUGGAUGCUGGAACUACUCAAGAAUUAGUAUCCAUUCUAGAGGGAGAUUUCAUAGAGCUGGAUGAUCUUCUGGAUUGACACUUGGAAGAAUGUUGAAAGGAUUACUUCUGGGAACAUGUGCAUAUUAACCAAAUGGGUUAACUUAUUACCGGAAACAACUCAAUUUAUGAACUUUAGAAGUUUAUAGGAGUAUGUUACACAGCUACGAGGACUUUGGAGGUCAUGUAAGGAAUUUAAUGCGCAGCUAAAAAGAGAAGGGUUUAUAAUCCAAUUAGAAGAAGAGUAUCUUGUUUGGGGAACCUAAGACACUGAAGAUGUUAAACUUUUAUGGGACGCACAAAGUUUAAAUGAAGAAGCAGAAGAGCUUCAUCAGUUGAGAUUUCUCUUAUGCCCGAUAUUAGGCAUUUUUCAUCCUGUGGAAUCUGAACAAGAUUGAUAUGUCAGGUGAUGAUAAAUUCAAAUUCGAAAAAAGUAUUGUUCUCUGAUAUCAGCUACUUCACCUGGAUCAUCUUGCUGUUAUUGUUCUUCUGCUCACGUAUGGGAAAUACAUUUUCCCUUGUUUCUUCAGCGCCUUCCUUUAACAAGGAAUCAAUUUUCUGUUUCUCAAGAUGCAUGCAGUGGUAGAUGUAUCAAUAAAUUAACGGAUGGGAACAUUGUUCCCCCUCACCUCUUUGGCAAUAUCUGUUAGCUUAAUAGGGUUAUGAUUAUUUAGACUGGCAUUUAUUUUGUUUCUGAGUUUUCUUGUUGCAGACUUAGAUAACUGUAUCAUGAAGAAUGUGUGCUAAAUAAAUUCUUAUGCCAUUGGACCAGGUUGCAUCACUUGGUUUUCUGGCCCUCACUUUCUCAGCCAUUAUAGACUUGUAAAAAUUGCUUUUUAAUAUCAAUGACAUGCUGGUAAGAUCUUUGGACCUAAA